ACAAGAUAUUAUUGCAGGUGAGUGUACAGGUCCAUCUUUUAAUAAACCAUCCCGCCGGCGCGCCUCACAAAACAUACACCAGUAUCAUUUGACAAUUUGUGAGCAAUCAGUGCAUUGUCGCCGCUCUUUAUUCAACGGCAAAUAAUACAGGGAAAAUUGUCAUUCCUAUUGUACGGCCGCCAUUGUUGGUCUAAUGACAGCGUUCAGCUCGCAGUACGGGCCUGGCCGGCUGAGCGGCGGCAAUUUCGGACAACCUAAAAUACCACUUUAGUGUAAACCAAAUUAGAGCGCGAAAUGCCUAAAGCCUCAUCAAAAUAGCGUACAAACUAUGGCGUACCCGAUAGAAACCUCCGCUUUAACCAAACCAGUGCAAAAGCUUUCGCGAAAUCCUAAUCCUUAUCACAUCAAACGGCCCAUGAACGCCUUCAUGGUCUGGUCCAGGCUGCAAAGAAAGAAGAUAUCAUUGUUAAACCCCAAGCUUCACAACUCUGAGAUCUCCAAGCGGCUUGGCUUAGAGUGGAAGAGCUUAAACGAGACAGAGAAACGACCGUUCAUUGAUGAAGCGAAGCGACUCCGAAUCAAGCAUAUGCAGGAUUAUCCAGAUUACAAGUAUCGUCCACGGAGGAAAAACCGUCCAGACAUUACUGUCUUCAACCCUAUGUACAGAGAACUCAUUCCUGAAGAACCGCGCCCAGAACCGACUUACCAAAUCCCAUUAAGCUACUCUGAUCAGAUAAUGUACAACAAUAUGAUAAGCUACACGGUUCCGACUGUGCCGCAGGCCUCGUACAUCCCAGCGAGGCCUAAGGAAGAAGCUUUACCGAGCUUGGACUUGCGGCCUCUGCCUUCAAUCGAAAGCAUCUCACCGAGGCCGUUCGCCCUCGUCAACCAGCAGAUGAUGGUGAAGGCGUAUCAGGAUCUGCACUACGUAUCCGACGAUAUUACAAGGAUAUCAUACCACUAUCCUUUCGGUGUCCAGUAGGG